GAAUGACCCUGAAUGUCUCUUCUCACCCCUCUUAGGCCAGGAAGUUGUUAUGAGACAGCAAUGACUCGCAAGUUCUACCACGGCAGGACGGAGACAAUGCGACCCUGCACCAAGGAGGCUGUGAACUGGUGUACAGCCAUGAUGGACCCCACUUGCAACGUUGAUGAGAGGAGGAAAGCCAUGCAGCUGGCCUUCCAUAAACACAACAAACUGAUGGCUGAAGACCAGGAAGGAAAAGGUUAG